UGUGAACAGAAUUUCUUUCUUCUUUUUUUUUUUUUAACAUUUGUUGGGUCCAGAUUGUGUCACAUAUCACAAAAAUCAGAUAAAAAAAACAAAAUCUUGCCAUAUUCUCCACUCACUCUGUCUGAAUAUGAUAACUUUGAGGUGCCAAAAACCCUAAAUUCGAUCUGGGUUUACUGAAUUUCUGCUCAAGAUGAAAUCUUUUUGCUGCCACAAAUGAAUAUUUGAUCUGGGUUUUCCCUAGUAAACAAAGAUUUGACAGAAAAGAAAAAAAAAAUUGUAGUUGAGAUUUCCAAUGGAAGCUCCAGCUGGGCAGCAGAGCUUCCCCAAGAAGCAGAUGAAGAAACAGUUAACCGGAAAACGGGACGAUACGGCGCUUCAUUCAGCUGCAAGAUCAGGGAACUUGGAAUUGGUUUUGGAGAUUAUUAAUGGUGAAAGUGUGGGGGAAGAAGAAUUGAGAAAGUUGCUGUGUAAACAGAACCAAUCUGGUGAAACUGCUCUUUAUGUGGCUGCUGAAUGUGGCCAUGUUAAUCUUGUACAAGAGUUUGUAAAAUACUAUGAUGUUGGCUCUGCUGCCAUCAAAGCUAAAGGCUUUGAUGCUUUCCAUAUUGCUGCCAAGCUAGGUGAAUUAGACGUGUUGAAGGUUCUCAUGGAGGCUAUACCACAGCUGUUAGCCACAGUCGACCAAUCAAACACCACGGCGCUCCACACAGCCGCAGCGCAAGGUCAUAUCGAGGUGGUCGGUUUUCUCUUGGAGAAAAACAGUAGUUUGGCUACGAUAGCAAGAAACAACGGUAAAACGGCUCUCCAUUCUUCGGCAAGAAACGGUCAUUUCGAGGUGGUGAAAUCCCUUUUAAGCAAAGAGCCGGGAAUCGCUGUAUGGAGUGACAAGAAGGGACAAACAGCCCUUCACAUGGCGGUUAAGGGGAACAACACUCAAGUCAUCGACGAGCUUAUUUCUUCCGACGCUUCUUUGCUAACAAUUUCCGAUGGAAAGGGCAACACUGCAUUGCACAUAGCCACACGAAAAGGUCGCCCUCAGAUUGUUCAAACUCUACUGAAACAUAAAGGGCUCAACAAAGAAGCCAUUAACAAAUCAGGAGAAACUGCUUUAGACACGGCCGAGAAAUCGGGCCAUUCAGACGUAGCGACCAUUCUCCGAGAAAACGGAGUCAAGAAUGCUAAAUCCCUAACCCCACAAGCAAGAGAACUCAAGCAAACCGUGAGCGACAUAAAACACGAAGUCCACGACCAGCUGGAGCACACACGCCAGACUCGGAAAAAAGUACGAGGCAUAGCCAAACGCCUCAACAAGAUGCAGUCCGAGGGUCUCAACAAUGCAAUAACCUCGACGACGGUUGUUGCUGUCCUAAUCGCCACGGUGGCGUUCGCCGCCAUCUUCACCGUGCCAGGCCAGUACGUGGACGACCCGAAGAAUAUCCCGGCGGGAUUCUCCGCCGGAGAGGCGAACAUCGCCCCGAACGUCGAGUUCACUAUCUUCUUGAUAUUCGACUCGCUCGCGCUCUUCAUAUCGUUGGCGGUUGUGAUAGUUCAGACGUCCGUUGUGGUGGUGGAGAGAAAGGCGAAGAAGCAGUUGAUGGCGGUUAUCAACAAGCUGAUGUGGCUGGCUUGUGUGUUUGUGUCGGUGGCGUUUCUUGCACUGUGCUAUAUAGUUGUCGGGGAUGGAGAGAGGUGGUUGGCUAUUGGAGUGACUAUUAUAGGGACUUUGAUUAUGGCGACGACACUUGGCACUUUGUGUUAUUGGGUGGUGAUGCAUAGGAUCGAGGCUUCUAACUUGAGGAGUGUGAGGAGGAGCAGUAGGUCACAGUCGUGGUCCGUGUCGGUCGUUUUAUCGGACUCGGAAAGUGGCGAGGUUGACAGGAAUAAGCUAUAUGCUCUGUGAAGUACAUGUCUUAACAUGUGAACACAUCUAUGUGUGUGUAUGUAUGUAAUAUUGUAUAAUGUUUUUUUUUUUCUUUCUUGUCUUUUGUAAUGAAGGAAAUGGCUGGUUAUGCCUAAGUUAGGUUGCGGAUAGAAGAAGAGUUGGUUCAGAAAUCAGAAGUGUUUUGCUGAUUGUACUCAGUUUGCUCUGUAUUCAACCAAUCAUACAUCAUUUUCAGAUUAAUAUUACAUUAGCAUUUUGAUGCUCU